AUGCUCAUCGCGCCAAACGCCGCCACCCGGCCGGCCCACGACGAGGCCGAGCUGGCCGAGGACUUGGAUGAACCCCCCGAUCAACAUCACAUUCUGCAUGCGACUUCUCUGGACCAUCAUGACGAGACGGUCUUUGCACGACCGCCCAUGGUCCACAAGGAAUCUCUGCUCACCCGCGCCCUCAAGAGCAGCCCGGAGAUGUCCCCCACCGAACCACACCCCUCCUUCCACGACUCCACCUACUCCUACCGCUCCUACCCUCACAGCAACAUCAGUGGCAUCUCUACCGCCGAGCUGACCAGUGAUGGGGGCCUGACGAGCCCGUCCUUAUCCAACACCCCGAGCCCGCCUUUGCCGCCGCAAAUGAUGGGCAAGGCGGCCCCGAUGAACGGCAAGAGAGAAACGGCUCCCAAGGUCAAAAUCGCCGACGCCAACACCAAUGAGACCACCGUCGAGGCCAACUUGGGACGCAAGCGGUGCAUCAGCUUUGCCUGCGGCCGCAAGACCGAGGACUCGACUACUCAAAAGCCCGCCGCGCCACCCCGACCCUCACCUGAAUCGACCAAGAGUACCCUCGAACCUCCCAAGCGCAAGACGACUCUCACCUUCGUCUGCCCUGGACGUCAGUCCGCUGUCUCGCGCGAGCGCUCCCCGGGUCGUCCGACCACCUUCCGCGCUCGUUGUCGCGGUUCCCCGGCUCCGGUGGCGCGCAAGCCUUCCCAAGAACGCGUCGAGGGUGCCAAGGAUGAGAAGCUCCCGGCCAAGGUUGUGCCUAAAGGUGUCCCGACGAGCGGCCUGGGCAAGUUCGAGGAAUCAGAGGCUACCCGGUUCCACGAGUUUGCCAGCUCCGUCGAAGAGGAUGACGAGUGGGUCACUAAGUCGACUGAUUACUCCCAGAAAAUUACAUUGAACGAUUGCAUGAAGAAAGAGAAUGCAAUUCGACGACUGGGUGAACAAGCCGAGGAGGAAGCCCAGGAUGAGGAGGAUGAGGAAGACGACGUUGAGGACCUUGGCGAUGAUGACUCGACUGUCCACUUCUCUGACGAUGAUGGAAACGAGUCCGACAACGAGGCUGGUUUCGCCGAGUCCGACGAGAGCGAUGACGACGGCUCAGACUACGAGUUCUGGGCCCCGUCGGCCGUCCGGCCGGCACCUAGCACUCAGCCUCUCGAUGUUUUCCCAUCUGCCCUGCAGCGUCGUGCCUCGAACACUUCCGUCGACUCGACGACCGAUGACCGUCCCCCGAAAUGGCUGCCGGCCCCCGUUCGGAGAACUGCGGUCCCUCGCGCUUGUAAGGUGCCUAUGAUGCGCCCCGGUACCCCCAACCUGCCGGAUAGCACCGACUUUGUCUGUGGAACACUCGAUGAGGAUCGUCCGCUGGAGGCCGCCUACAAGUCCUGCAUGGAACAACGUCGUCUCGAGAAGCUUGUCGUCAUCCCGCAAGACAUUGACCCGAGCUUUCCGACCAGCGACCCAGAGGAUGACCUCGAGGACCUCGAGGACAUUUCUCACGGCGAUCUCGAUGACUUCGUCUUCGAGCCUACACGUGGCCGUACGGAUGACAAGCACUCGCCCCGGCACUCGCCCAAGCGUAUGGUGUCUCCCCCACCCAAGCGCAUGAUGUCUCCCCCGCCUCGCCGGGCUGGCCGCAUCUCCCCCAAGCGCCUCAAGUCCCCUCCUCCCCGGGCCCGAGCCAAGUCGCCCUUGCCCACGAAAUGGACCGGUCUAUCGGAGGACAUCCCCGCCAUCGAGUCUUCAUCCCCGCAAGGUCUGAACAUCAGCCACCUGGUUCAGCGCCCGCACUUGGUCAGGACCAAGUCGUUGCCGCGUACGCCCAACCCGUUCUUCACGAGCUUGGACAAGUCCCAUCGGUGGCAAGGGAUUCCGCCUCUGACCGAGUCGCCUGAGCGUGAGCACUCGCGCACGCGCGAAAUGCAUACGCGUGGACCCAUCGAUAUUGUCGAGGGUCUCGAAAAGAAACGCCAGAAACGCAAAGAGAAGUUUUGGCGCCAGCAUUGCCGCAAAGCUGCCAAGGAGCAGAUGGUGCGGCGGCCGAUACCCGGCAAGGGUGCUGAACGGAUGAAGGAGCUUGGCCUCGAAGUUGCUGAGAGGUGCAGGGCUUACGGCGUCGGUCAAGACGCCCAGCUCGUCCUAUCCGUUUAA